AUGUGCGCGGUCGAAAUUAUACCUGGAUGGAGUAAGGGUAAAGGAUCGGUUUUCCGUUCCCACACGCACACGCGUAAAGGCGCGGCGAAGCACCGAACCGCGGACUUUGCCGAAAGACACGGGUACAUCAAAGGCGUCGUGACGGACAUCAUCCACGACCCGGGACGCGGCGCGCCGUUGGCAAAGGUUACUUUUCGCAACACGAGACGCUACGCGCACCAAAAGGAAUUGUUUGUCGCGGCGGAAGGCACGUACACCGGUCAAUUCAUCUACGCCGGUAAAAAGGCGCAGUUGGUUGUCGGUAACAUCAUGCCGGUGUCCGCCAUGCCGGAAGGUUCGAUCAUUUGCAACGUCGAAUCCAAACUCGGCGACAGAGGAGUGUUAGCCAAGGCUUCUGGCGAAUACUGCAUCUUGAUCUCCCACAACUUGGAGACUGGAUUUUCUAGAAUUAAAUUGCCGUCUGGCGCGAAAAAGACGAUUCCGAGUGGGUGCAGAGCGACCGUUGGUCAAAUCUCUGGCGGUGGUAGAUGCGAUAAGCCCUUGUUGAAGGCGGGUACCGCGUACCACAAGUACAGAGUGAAACGCAACUCGUGGCCGAAGGUGAGAGGUGUUGCGAUGAACCCAGUAGAGCAUCCCCACGGUGGUGGUAACCACCAGCACAUUGGUCACUCCUCGACUGUUCGUGGUGACGCGCCGGCGGGUAAGAAGGUUGGUCUUAUCGCCGCGAGAAGAACCGGUAGACUCCGCGGCGUGGCCGGUAUUCUCGCCGCCAAGGCCAAGGAAGGCGGCAAGGAUUAA